GGGGGAGGAGGGGGGAAGGGGGGCUCAUUGUUGACAUCAAAACCGUGGGGCUGCUCCCAGCUACGGGAGCUGUUGUUGGUGCUCCAUCUCUGUCCACUGCUAGCUUGCCGCUCUUCCUCCUGGUCCCGGCUACAGCUUGGGAGGAGGGUUGGGGGGAAAGCGCGAGGAGAGGCGACACAGCUGUGAUACAGCCGGGCCAGCCUUCACACGCUGCUGCUGCUGUGGCCUACGACAACACUUGGGCUAGCUAAGAGUUUUGUGUUGCCGCCCCGGUGCACAGAAAGCGUCGCCUCAAAACGAACAACAACAUCAACAACAACAACAUCGACAACAACAUCGACGACAUCAUCGACGACGGUCGUCGCUGCUGGGGACAAGCGGAUUGAUUGAAGGUUGUGCAAGGAAGCGAGGAGAGAGACCGUCUUCUCGGGCACUUUAAUUCACAGCAGCAGCAGCAGCAUCAUCAUCGUGGCGUUAGCGAGGGAGUGAGUUUCGAGGUUGAGCAUCAUCAUCAGCAGCACCGCUGUGCCCACCACCACCACCGUCUUCGUGGCGCGCGUGGGGAAACCACGCAGGCGAUUUACAACGUCGAGGAACUGUUAAACAAUUUGAAGGGCCGCUUCAACAUCAACAAACACCAACGUGCGAAAACUACACAACAACAACCAUCAACAGCCGAAAGUCAACAACAACUGCUAACUACAUCAUCGACACCGUCAACAAUAAACCAGCAGCAGUAACAAGAACAACAAAAGUCGACGACGACUUCUACACAAACUGCAAGAACUUCAUUAUCAACAAGAAGAUCGACUUACACCAUCGUCACCACCACCACCACCAUCAACAACCACCUGAUCAACACCACCAUCGCCAUCAAUCUGCAUAGACUUUAAUCCGAGUACCGUGGUACAUUGUAAACACACACUCGCACACACGCACACAAAGACGAGUUGUCAACCUUACACCACCACCAGCGUCGUUUGGCGAGCCGCUCCUCGCGGCGGCAGGGAAGGAGCGAGCAAUGGAGAGCUCGAAGCCACUGCUGGAUGAGAGACCCCCUCCUUACACGCCUGGUCCCGUGGGAGAAGGAGGGGGACCACCACCACCACCAGGGUACCACCCCGGUGGUGGUGGUGGUGGUGGCGGCGGCUAUGGCACCAUGCAGCCCGCACCACAACAGUACCAACCCCGAGGCCACCCCUACCAACAACAACAACAACAUCAUCAGCCGCAGUUCCAGCAGCAGUAUCAACCACAGCACCAUGCAGGGUACACUGUGAUUGCCCCUGCGGGGUACGCGGGGGCCUACCCCACCGUGGUGCAGCCAGACUCCUCGCUCAUGCAGCCCCCUAUCACCUCCGUGCUCGUUGUGGGGGGCUGCCCCGCGUGCAGGGUGGGCGUGCUGGAGGAUGAGUAUACCUGCCUGGGCAUCUGCUGCGCCAUCCUCUUCUUCCCGAUCGGCAUCCUGCUUUGCCUGGCACUGCGGGAGCGCCGCUGCCCAAACUGCGGCGCCGUCUUCGGCUGAGGACGCACCCGGACUCGCCCGCUGAGAGCGAGCCCCCCAGGGUUCAGCCGUGACCCCUGACUGUAACCCUGACCGUCCCCCUGACCCCACUCCCAACUCUGACCCCCUAACCGUGAUUCCAACAAUAAACCCAUAACCAUGAUAUGUACAGUUGCCCCCCAACUCAUCUUGACGCAAACAUUGAUACCCUAACCCCAACCUCAACCCUAAACCAUUGACCAUAACCCUGGCUCCUAACACAAAACCCCUAACCCUAUCUUUUCCACUAACCCUGACCCACUGACCCCAACUCCCAACACUAAAUCGCUAACGCUAGAUCUGAGGCUAACUGUGACCCGAGCCUUUGAGUGUAACCCUCGCUCUUAACUGUGCGUCACUCGCACCACACCACUCGCACCGCAUCACUCACAAACUCGACUCGCCACACCACCUACAUGCACACAAAUCACCAUGCUGCUUACCAAACCACCACACCACCCAACUCGCACCACACCACACCACCCAGCUCACCACACCACCCAACUCACCACCCAACUCACCACACCACCCAGCUCACCACACCACCCAACACACCACCCAACUCUCAACACACCACCCACACUGCCCCAGGCGCCUGACUGCAGGGGUGUCACAGAGUGAACGGUGGGUCUGUGUGUGGGUGUGUUGUACGCGUGCAAUUUGUACUACAGUAUUUACAUUUGUAAAGUGUUUGAAAGGCCGGCAUAUCUAAUGCGAAAUGGAACUGAAGGGUGUAAAAGGGGGUUAUUUGGGAAUAUAGGGGGUGGCGGAUGUUGGCUAUUCGUGGUGUGUGUGUGUUCCCUAAAUGACAUCGAUGUCACCGUAUUCUCUGAAUUAUAAAGACGCUCCGGAAAGUAAAAGAAGCACUCCAACCUGGUGCCCUGAUGCUAAUAAUAAGUUUAACAUGUAGCAGUGGUGGCGGCAGUGGCGGCAGUGGCGGCAGUGGCGGCAGUGGCGGCAGUGGCGGCAGUGGUGGCAGACGUUAGCGGCCAACAUUGUCCAUAAUCGAGGUUUUUCUUUUUUGGGUAAGAUCGCGUCGGAGGAUUUCUUCACAACUCUGGCUGCAGCCUGACGAGGCUGGUUGUUGUAAUUACCGGCGAAAUGUCACGGUACUCGAAUGGUAAAUGUCGUGGUGUUUGUAAUCCAAUACAACCGGUGUGCUGAACUAGUAACGAAUUGGCACGUUUUGUUUACGGGACAGAACCUCACUAAUUGGCUGCGUGGGGUGAUGGCGGGUUUAACGACACGUUUAUAUUUACGCGAUCCAACCCAAAAGAAACCCCUCUAUUAUGGAUAAUAAAGUUUAUAACAAAUUUUGUGUCUCUCGCUAGCAACAAAGACAAAAGUCACCUUUAUAGCCUUAACAGACUGUUGGGGCAAGUGCUGUUAGCGAGCACCUAUCAAGGCGCACACACACAUGCGUGCACAGAUGCACGACUUACCAGAUUAUAAGAUGCACCCCCCCCAACUUCUUCUUAAACAUCAGCAGAAUACGGUCAUGACGGCAGUGUAGACGCACGCCUACUUGUAUUUAAUCCGGAGGCUCGAAGCUGGGGUUGAUGAUAAUGCAGUGAUGGGAGCUUUGAUUUAGUGUUUCUGUCAACGGGAGGCGCAGAGGGUGGUGGUGGUGGUGUGUGAGCAGUUCUCCUUCCUCGCCUCUGAGGCAUCGGCUGUGGGAGGCAGGACAGCAAGCGGGUGUCGAGGCACGAGGUCCGUCCGCGUGGCGGAGAGUGUGCGCGACUGGUCUCUGCUUGGGUGGAUUCUCUCUGGCCACUGGAAAGAGGAAUUGGGCAAAUUUCCCAAGCAGAUCUCCAGCCUGGCAGUAUAGUACAGUCUUGUAGAUUCUGAAGCUUUUCUGGCUAAAGAUUUCGAAUCGAAAUGACAUAUUAGUCGUUCUUCACAAAUUUUCAGAGGGGGGGGGUGCCCACUUUCGCCGAUAAGACAUCAUCAGUGUGAGGGCCGCCACGCAUUUUAAAUUAUUGGGGGUUUGACAGCAGCAUGAUGAUGGGGGGGGGGGGGGGUUACAUUCGUGUAUUGUCAGGGGCAGCACUAAAGGCGACCAGUGGCCCGCAGGCCUUUGCGAUGGAGAACACUGGCCUACAUUAUCCAGGAAAGCCUCGCUCCGUUUCAAGAAUCAUUUUCAGCAGGGCCCUGCAUUGGCGUCUUUGGCCAAUCCCUGCUUGUCGAGUGUUGUGUGUGCGUGAGAAGAAAAACCCCACCGUGCAUACAAGGGGAUGAACGGAUGGGCACUUCAACCCACUUGCUGGACUGCCGCCUCUUGGCCACCUCGCAUCCCAGCCGGGAUCCCACGGACCACGUUGUCCACGGCACCGGCUCGCAGCCAUGUGCCACCGUGCCAGGCUAAGUGCGCAAACGGGCGGGGAGGGGGAGGGGUGGUGGUUGCGUACGACGUGAUGACACGGAGGAGUCGAAUGUGCCACGAAGAAACACCUCGUGGCUUCCACCUCCCCAUGCAGACGCUCGUGGGCCCCACCCGGGUGGGGCGGUGGGCCCAGUUCGUUCUCCCCCUUCACUGGGCCCUGUCGCGUCCGACUCGGGCUGCUGUUCGCGAAAUUCGUUUCUUCCCCCCCCCCUCCCCACUGUGUUCGGCGCUUUGUAUCGGGCUCGCGUUGAGUUGUAACGAGAAAAACAUCUCACGGUAACGUGCACAACUGCAACGAGAUUACCGUGAUUCUCGUCGUCGUCGUCAUGCCUGGUGCGAAGCAUGAGCUGCUGCGGGGUAGUGCAGGAAGGAGGAGAGAAUGGGUUGCCGUGUGGACCGGGAGGAGCCGAGAGGUUGCCAUGGACGACCGUGCGGAGGGAGUUUCGGACGUCGCCCACAAUGCGCACGCAGAGCUUGUGAUUUUGUCAAAGUUGCCGUGGUUGCCUGAAAUGUACUUGGUGGGGCCCAUGGCGUUCGUGACGAGCUCUUGUCAAUAGCACCGUGGUAGUACGUUAAACUUAUUUCGCACCAUACGUAGUCAACCGUACUCAUCGGAGGUGCAGGGGAAGGACAACAAACUCAACACAAAACAAAGUUCUAAAGAAAUUAAUUUUCAAUCUAGAUUUAAAAGGAAGAAGCGUUCCAGACGGCCACAGAAGUGCAUCGGAAAGUGCGUUAAUGGCUAGCCAUAGAGCCUCUGCGAGGGUGACCGAAGUUCGCGUGAUGGCUUACUCUCCUUGACGAGGUCAGCAACCAAUUGUGGCAAGCACUGUGCGUGUGUGGAACGAGUGCGACCUCAAUGCAUUCCUUCGGCAACCGGAAUCCAAUGCAGUUCGGCGAGCACCAGAUAAGACACGGGUCGGCUCUUGCAGUCGCCAGCGGCGCGUGCGUUUGCCAGCCUCGUGCCCUCCGUCCUGUUCGGUUUUAUAGGCAGAAAGGAACGGGGGGGGGGGGGGGAGCGUAAAAAGCCACGCUUCUUAUCCUUCCAGCAAUUGGUGCCAUGGGAAUUCUGGGAAAUAGAAUCGUGAGGUUUGAAUCCGUGCGUGUGUGCGGAGGCUUGAUUGUGUUGCCUUGUUGCAUGCGUGGUAGCAGCGUUCGUUUUUUUUCCCCACGAAGCCAAAACGCUCGCUAAUGUUAUUGGCCACACGGCGAGUGUGGCAGGACCCUCCUGAACAAACCACAUUCUUGCCCACUCGGUGAGGCCCAUUAUCAACUGCAUAGAAAAAGUCCAUUAUCAUCAUAACUGAACUCACUAUUACAACUGUAAUUCAUUAUAAUAACAAUACAAUUGUAAUGUUUACCCAAAAUUCCUGAGCAAUGUUUUCUACUGUAAAUGUCGCAAUCGUGUGUUUUGUCUCUUUCACGGCAUUGUUAAUGACAAAUGUUAGCGAGUUGAGUGUCUGUGUUCUUGUGUUACCACUGCCAACAAAUUCGUUUCUUUUAUAUAUAUGGUGGGAUUAUUUAAUAGGGGAAUGGUUUUGUGUUUGAAAUGCCACAGUAUUACCCAUUAGAAUUCACGGCCUAUGGGAGGCCAAGUUCUCACCGCGUUGAACACGAGAUGCGAGUCGCCCCCUUCCCCACCUCCCUCCCCCUCUCGUCUCCCCCUCUUCCCCACAACCCCUCACCUCUCACCCCCCUCCUAACCCCAGCACGGCUGCUCCUGCUGCUGCUCCAUAACGUUUACACCGCCGGUUCUCGAUCCGUGAGUCGAUAGGCUGCGGCACGGAUACCGUGCGGGAGAAAUGUUGAAUUCGCACGGGGGGGUGGGGGGGAGACGUUGCGGCGACAAAACACAGUGACUCUACACGCCAAGAAACCGCAGUGUCUCCGACACCACCACCACCACCUUCGACGUGAGGCGAUCUUCUCCGUAACCUGGGAAGCACCGCAGACCUGUGGGUCUUGAGUGGUGGUCGUGGUGUGGGUGCCUUAGCGAACCGGUUAAGAACCGUUGGUUUAAACCAGUGGUCUUCACUCAUCUUCAUAGGGGAGAGGCCACUUUCGCGGAUAAGACAUCAGUUGUGAGGGCCACCACGCAUUUGAAAACAUUGUUGCUUUUGACAGCCUAACGAUGGGUUGCGUUUUCACAUUUGUGUAUUGAAACGGCGAACUUAAAAAAAAAUAUUUUGCCAGGUGAGGCCCACCGAGCUAUUUCAGCUCUUUUUUUUCCGAAGCGACCUGGCCACACAUGGUAACUCAACGAAGUGGCUUAUCAUGUGGAAAUUUAUAGCAGCCAAAUACUCUUAAACGCGUGAGGUUGAUUCUAAAUGGAGGGGGGGGGGACCGGAGAAAAAUCCACACGACCACGGAGGAGAUGGAGAGACACGCAAACUCCACAACUGUACAGCAGGCAUCAAGGGUCUGGAUCGAACCCGCGCCCUCUUGUAUACCUGGCGAGGUAGUUAACAUCGUCGUUUGUGGCCGUACUAAAGGCCACCAGGGGACGCCAGUGGCCUGCGAUUGCAGGGGUGGAGGGAGAAGUGCGCGUGGGGUUUUGGUGAGAACGUGGGCCUGGGGCAAGGGGGCUUGAUUACACACCGGUUGGCGGGGGGUGUAGGAACCAUUCGUUCACACGUCGCACAACUUUUAACGCGCUAAAUAAUAUAAGCUACCGAUGUUUAAGCUCGGAUUAAAGUAACGUAGAAACAUUGUUAAAAAAAAAUGUAAUAAAACCGUUUACAAAUGCC